GGAAGUGGGUGAGGGGGAGGAGGCCGGAGGGCGCCUCAUCCCACUCAGGACGCAGAGCCGGCGGCGGGAGGAGCUCGUGCUGGAGCCUCUCCAGCCUCCCGCGAAGGUUUCAGCACAAAAUGAAUAUAAUUAGGGAAAAUAAGGACUUGGCAUGUUUCUAUACAACAAAACAUUCAUGGAGGGGAAAGUAUAAGCGUGUCUUUUCAGUUGGAACCCAUGCGAUUACUACUUAUAAUCCUAAUACCUUAGAAGUAACAAAUCAGUGGCCUUAUGGAGACAUCUGUAGCAUCAGUCCUGUUGGAAAAGGACAGGGAACGGAAUUCAACCUCACUUUUCGUAAAGGCAGUGGAAAAAAGUCAGAAACUUUAAAAUUUUCUACAGAGCACAGAACAGAACUUCUUACAGAAGCGUUGAGAUUUCGAACUGAUUUUGCAGAAGGAAAAAUCACAGGAAGGGUGGCUGAUAGAUAUAACUGCUAUAAGCAUCAUUGGAGUGAUACAAGAAAGCCUGUAAUUUUGGAAGUAACUCCUGGAGGCUUUGACCAAAUUAAUCCUGCAACCAACAGAGUCCUCUGUUCCUAUGACUAUAGAAAUAUUGAAGGCUUCGUAGAUCUUUCUGAUUAUCAAGGAGGGUUUUGUAUACUUUAUGGAGGAUUUAGUAGAUUGCAUUUAUUUGCAUCAGAGCAAAGAGAAGAAAUUAUCAAAAGUGCAAUAGACCAUGCUGGCAGCUACAUAGGCAUUUCCCUGAGGAUCAGAAGAGAACCUUUAGAAUUGGAGCAAUAUUUGAGUCUUCGCUUUGGGAAAUACAGCACUGAUGAGUCCAUCACGUCUUUAGCGGAGUUUGUAGUCCAAAAAAUAUCACCUAGACAUUCGGAACCUGUAAAAAGAGUUUUAGCGCUUACAGAAACGUGUUUAGUAGAACGUGAUCCAGCAACCUAUAAUAUCGCUACGUUGAAGCCUUUAGGAGAGGUAUUUGCGUUGAUUUGUGACUCAGAAAAUCCACAGCUUUUUACCAUCGAAUUUAUAAAAGGGCAAAUACGAAAGUACUCUUCAACAGACAGAGAUUCGUUAUUAGCAAGUUUGCUGGAUGGAGUGAGAGCCUCUGGUAACAGAGAUGUUUGUGUAAAAAUGACAUCAACCCAUAAAGGUCAGCGAUGGGGGUUACUCAGCAUGCCUGUCGAUGAGGAAGUAGAGAGCCUUCAUCUCAGGUUCUUAGCUGCACCUGCAAAUGGGAACUUCGCGGACGCUGUAUUCAGGUUCAAUGCCAAUAUCUCCUACAGUGGGGUUCUGCAUGCAGUCACGCAGGAUGGCCUCUUCUCAGAAAACAAAGAAAAACUGAUCAAUAACGCCAUAACAGCAUUACUGUCCCAAGAGGGAGAUGCUGUGGCUUCAAAUGCAGAACUUGAGAGUCAGUUCCAGGCUGUGAGGAGGCUCGUGGCUUCCAAAGCUGGGUUUCUAGCCUUCACUCAGCUUCCAAAGUUUCGAGAGCGUCUAGGAGUGAAGGUAGUGAAAGCUCUCAAGAGGAACAACAAUGGAGUAAUCCAUGCAGCUGUUGAUAUGCUUUGUGCCCUCAUGUGUCCCAUGCAUGAUGACUAUGACUUAAGGCAAGAACAACUAAACAAAGCCUCUCUUCUCUCUUCAAAGAAGUUUCUGGAAAACUUAUUGGAGAAAUUUAAUUCCCAUGUGGAUCAUGGGACUGGUGCCCUAGUUAUUAGUUCACUGUUGGACUUCCUUACUUUUGCCCUCUGUGCUCCGUAUAGUGAGACAACUGAAGGGCAGCAGUUCGAUAUGCUUUUAGAGAUGGUAGCAUCCAAUGGAAGAACCCUCUUUAAACUCUUUCAGCAUCCUUCCAUGGCAAUUAUAAAGGGAGCUGGAUUGGUUAUGAAGGCAAUAAUAGAGGAAGGUGACAAAGAAAUUGCUACAAAAAUGCAGGACCUUGCCCUCAGCGAAGGUGCCUUACCUCGACACCUGCAUACUGCGAUGUUUACAAUAAGCUCAGAUCAAAGGAUGCUUACAAAUAGACAGUUAAGUAGACAUUUAGUGGGACUCUGGACAGCUGAUAAUGCAACUGCUUCAAACCUGUUGAAACGCAUUUUGCCACCAGGCUUGCUGGCCUACUUGGACAGCUCAGAUCCAGUCCCUGAGAAGGACGCUGAUCGGAUGCAUGUGAGAGAUAAUGUGAAAAUAGCAAUGGAUCAAUACGGAAAGUUCAAUAAAGUUCCCGAAUGGCAAAGAUUAGCUGGAAAGGCUGCUAAAGAAGUUGAAAAAUUUGCCAAAGAAAAAGUGGAUCUUGUAUUGAUGCACUGGAGAGACAGAAUGGGCAUUGCUCAAAAAGAGAAUGUAACUCAAAAGCCAGUAGUUCUUCGAAAGAGAAGACAAAGAAUAAAAAUAGAAGCAAAUUGGGAUCUCUUCUAUUAUAGGUUUAGUCAGGACCAUGCCAGGUCAAACCUAAUUUGGAAUUUCAAAACACGAGAAGAACUGAGAGAUACUCUUGAAUCUGAAAUGAGAGCAUUUAAUAUUGAUAGGGAACUUGGUAGCGCUAAUGUGAUCUCAUGGAACCACCAUGAAUUUGAGGUUAGAUAUGAGUGCCUGGCAGAGGAAAUCAAAAUCGGAGACUAUUACUUGAGACUACUGUUGGAGGAAGAUGAGAAUGAAGAAAGUGGAUCAAUUAAGAGAUCGUAUGAAUUUUUCAAUGAGCUUUAUCAUCGUUUCCUGCUCACUCCAAAAGUAAACAUGAAGUGUUUAUGUUUACAAGCCCUUGCUAUUGUUUAUGGCAGAUGUCAUGAAGAAAUAGGACCUUUUACAGAUACAAGAUAUAUCAUUGGAAUGUUAGAAAGGUGCACAGAUAAACUGGAACGUGAUAGGCUGAUCCUCUUCCUUAACAAGCUGAUCCUUAAUAAGCAAAAUGUUAAGGACCUGAUGGAUUCCAAUGGAAUUAGAAUCCUUGUGGAUUUGCUCACGCUUGCCCACCUCCAUGUGAGCAGAGCCACAGUACCCCUGCAGAGCAAUGUAAUCGAAGCUGCCCCAGACAUGAAGAGAGAGAGUGAAAAGGAGUGGUAUUUUGGCAAUGCAGACAAAGAACGGAGUGGCCCGUAUGGGUUUCAUGAGAUGCAAGAAUUGUGGACCAAAGGAAUGUUAAAUGCAAAAACCAGGUGCUGGGCUCAAGGCAUGGACGGCUGGCGACCACUGCAGGCCAUACCCCAGCUUAAGUGGUGUCUGUUAGCCAGUGGGCAGGCUGUACUGAGUGAGACUGACCUUGCCACCCUUACACUCAACAUGUUAAUAACAGUGUGUGGAUAUUUCCCAAGCAGGGAUCAAGAUAAUGCCAUCAUUCGGCCCUUACCCAGAGUGAAAAGACUGCUGUCAGACAGCACUUGCCUUCCCCAUAUUAUUCAGCUACUGCUGACCUUUGACCCUAUCCUUGUUGAAAAAGUUGCUAUUUUGUUACAUCUUAUCAUGCAAGAUAACCCGCAGUUGCCUCGUCUUUACCUGAGUGGAGUAUUUUUCUUUAUCAUGAUGUACACAGGUUCCAACGUGCUUCCUGUUGCUCGGUUUUUGAAGUACACACAUACGAAACAGGCUUUCAAGUCAGAGGAGACAAAAGGACAAGAUGUUUUUCAAAGGAGUAUACUUGGGCACAUCCUACCUGAAGCAAUGGUUUGUUACUUAGAAAAUUACGAACCUGAGAAGUUUUCUGAGAUUUUUCUAGGAGAAUUUGAUACUCCAGAAGCAAUUUGGAGUAGUGAAAUGAGGCGCCUCAUGAUAGAGAAGAUUGCUGCCCAUCUUGCCGAUUUCACACCUCGUCUUCAGAGCAACACAAGAGCACUUUAUCAGUAUUGUCCCAUCCCAGUUAUCAACUAUCCACAGCUAGAAAAUGAACUGUUUUGUAAUAUUUAUUAUCUCAAACAACUUUGUGAUACACUCCGGUUUCCAGAUUGGCCAAUUAAAGAUCCGGUUAAGCUUCUAAAAGAUACCCUUGAUGCCUGGAAGAAGGAAGUAGAAAAGAAGCCACCUACGAUGUCAAUAGAUGAUGCUUAUGAAGUGCUUAACCUCCCCCAAGGACAGGGGCCGCAUGACGAGAGCAAGAUUAGAAAAGCUUACUUCAGGCUUGCACAGAAGUACCACCCUGAUAAGAAUCCAGAAGGGAGGGAUAUGUUUGAGAAAGUAAAUAAAGCAUAUGAAUUUUUAUGUACCAAAUCAGCAAAAAUAGUGGAUGGACCAGAUCCAGAGAAUAUAAUUUUGAUUCUGAAAACUCAGAGCAUCCUUUUCAACCGUCAUAAAGAAGAUUUACAGCCUUAUAAAUAUGCAGGGUACCCCAUGCUAAUCAGGACUAUAACCAUGGAAACUUCAGAUGACCUCCUCUUCUCAAAAGAGUCACCGUUGCUGCCUGCUGCCACGGAGCUGGCUUUCCAUACUGUCAACUGUUCGGCCCUCAAUGCCGAAGAACUCAGGAGGGAAAACGGAAUAGAGGUGUUACAAGAGGCAUUUAGUCGCUGUGUGGCUGUCUUGAAUCGUUCCAGUAGACCCGGUGACAUGUCAGUACAGGUGUGUGGACACAUAAGUAAAUGCUACAGUGUGGCUGCUCAGUUUGAAGAAUGUCGAGAGAAGAUCACAGAAAUGCCUAGUGUCAUCAAAGAUCUCUGUCGGGUGCUAUAUUUUGGCAAGAGUAUUCCACGGGUAGCUGCUCUUGGGGUAGAAUGUGUUAGUUCUUUUGCUGUGGAUUUCUGGCUACAGACGCACCUGUUUCAGGCUGGAAUUUUGUGGUAUCUGCUCGGUUAUCUCUUCAAUUAUGACUACACACUGGAAGAGAGUGGUAUUCAGAAAAAUGAAGACACAAACCAGCAGGAAGUAGCUAAUAACCUUGCCAAACUGAGUGUCCGUGCCUUAAGUCGCCUUGGAGGGUACCUGUCUGAAGAACAAGCAACCCCAGAAAAUCCAACCAUAAGGAAAAGUUUAGCUGGCAUGCUGACACCUUAUGUUGCUAGAAAACUUGCUGUGGUUAGUGCUACUGAGAUUUUGAAGAUGCUUAACAGCAACACAGAGAGCCCUUAUUUGAUGUGGAACAAUUCUACGAGAGCAGAGCUGCUUGAAUUUCUUGAAUCUCAGCAAGAAAGCAUGAUUAAAAAAGGUGAUUGUGACAAAACUUAUGGAUCAGAAUUUGUCUACAGUGAUCAUGCCAAAGAACUUAUUGUGGGAGAGAUUUUUGUUAGGGUAUAUAAUGAAGUCCCUACUUUCCAACUAGAGGUUCCGAAAGAAUUUGCUGCAAGUCUCUUGGAUUACAUAGGCUCCCAGGCCCAGUACCUCCACACGUUCAUGGCCAUCACACAUGCGGCAAAGGUGGAGUCGGAGCAACACGGAGACCGCCUGCCGAGAGUGGAGAUGGCUUUGGAAGCUCUGAGAAAUGUCAUAAAACAUAAUCCCGGCUCUGAAAGUGAAUGUAUCGGUCACUUUAAGUUAAUAUUUUCUCUUCUCCGAGUCCAUGGAGCUGGUCAAGUGCAGCAGUUGGCUUUAGAGGUUGUGAAUAUAGUGACAUCUAACCAAGAUUGUGUCAACAAUAUUGCUGAAUCAGUGGUUUUGUCCAAUUUAUUGGCUCUUCUGCAUUCAUUGCCAUCAAGUCGUCAGCUUGUCCUGGAAACUCUUUACGCUUUGACAUCAAGUACAAAAAUAAUCAAAGAAGCAAUGGCAAAGGGAGCUUUGAUUUAUUUAUUGGAUAUGUUCUGCAAUUCAACACAUCCGCAAGUUCGAGCCCAAACAGCAGAACUUUUUGCUAAAAUGACAGCAGAUAAACUAAUAGGGCCGAAGGUUCGAAUUACGUUAACGAAAUUUCUGCCGAGCGUUUUUAUGGAUGCUAUGAGAGACAACCCUGAAGCUGCUGUACAUAUUUUUGAAGGAACUCAUGAAAAUCCUGAGUUAAUUUGGAACGAUAGUUCCAGAGAUAAAGUGUCCACAACAGUUAGAGAAAUGAUGCUGGAGCACUUUAAAAAUCAGCAAGACAACCCUGACGUAAACUGGAAGUUGCCUGAAGAUUUUGCCGUGGUGUAUGGAGAAGCAGAGGGCGAACUGGCCGUCGGAGGAGUUUUCUUGAGAAUCUUUAUUGCGCAACCAGCUUGGGUUCUAAGAAAGCCUAGAGAAUUUCUUAUUGCACUGUUAGAAAAAUUAACCGAGCUCCUGGAGAAGAACAGUCCUCAUGGGGAGACUCUGGAAACUCUGACAACGGCAGCAGUGUGUCUCUUCAACGCGCAGCCUCAGCUGGCGGACCACGUACCUCCGUUGGGCCAGCUUCCCAGAAUCAUCCAGGCGAUGAAUCACAGGAACAGUGCCAUUCCCAAGAGUGCCAUUCGGGUCAUCCAUGCCCUGUCUGAAAACGAGCUGUGUGUUCGAGCGAUGGCGUCAUCCGAGACCAUUGGCCCACUGAUGAAUGGGAUGAAAAAGCGAGCAGAUACUGUUGGUCUAGCCUGUGAAGCAAUUAACCGAAUGUUUCAGAGGGAGCAGAGUGAGUUAGUAGCACAAGCCCUGAAGGCAGAUCUGGUCCCAUACCUCUUAAAAUUACUUGAAGGCAUUGGCCUUGAAAAUCUGGACAGCCCAGCAGCCACUAAGGCUCAGAUUGUUAAAGCUCUCAAGGCUAUGGCUCGAAGUCUGCAGUAUGGAGAACAGGUGAAUGAAAUCCUGUCCCGUUCUUCAGUCUGGAGUGCCUUCAAAGAUCAGAAGCAUGAUCUGUUCAUUUCUGAGUCACAAACAGCAGGAUACCUCACAGGACCUGGAGUUGCUGGCUACCUUACCGCAGGGACAUCCUCAUCAGUUAUAUCUAACCUGCCGCCUCCCGUAGACCACGAGGCAGGCGACCUUGGCUAUCAGACUUGAAAUAUUCAUGAAAGACAGUAAACGCCGAAAGGCCAGUGCCGAGUCCACAUUCCUCCAGCUGAUGGCGUUGAGGCAAACUCUUACUGCCUUUCUCCUGGUUUCAUGACAGUGUUAUUCCUUUUUCUAGAAAUAUAUUUUUAUUUAGGAAAACAGUCAGUGAUUCUAAUUGUAUCAGCGUUAUAAGAAAGCACUCUGGAUCAACCGAAGUGGGUACACAAGAAUUUUUUUUCUUGAUGUAUGUAAGCACAUUUUGUUCCUUUAUAUCUGUUUACAAGACUGUGAAUCAAAAAGACAAAACUUUCUUCCUAGUUUUUAUAAUGUUUUUUUGAAUUAGUGUGACUCCGGGGUUGAGCCGCAGUCUACAGAAACUGGGCUGGGUCACUUGUCCCAGGAAAGGGUGUCUCCGUCUCCUGCAUCGCGUCGCGUGGCCAUCCUCCCACCACCAAACACUAUUAGGUUUUGUCCUUGCCCUUUCACUGGUAUCCUCAAUCAUUAACUUCCUGAGAGCAGACAGUACACAUCAGUAUGUAUAACUGGCUUUACCAAAUUGAAUGAGAAGGAGCUUGUGCGAAAAAAAUUAAAAACGAUGUCAAGAUGUUAUGUAAGAGAUUAGUGUAAUUGUGAAAUGUUCUAUACAUUAUCAAAUAUAUAAAGCUUUCUAUAUUGAAUGUACAUUAUACAGAUCAUUCAUAUGUGUACAUAAAAUUUUAAAAAUAAAGGGAAUUGACUGCUUUGUUAAUGAGACAUCUUUGUUCAAGUUUAAUUUUUCCCUUUGAAGAUCUCAUGUAGAUCCAUAUUUCCAAGAACGGGCUUCAUCGCGGGUGCCCCGGAGGAGGAGCAGCUCCAGUUGGAGGAUGCUCCCAGGCCCAUGAAAAGCAGGUUUGGACUUCAUGCAAAAUCUGAUUUUUAAGUAUUACAGCUCAGCCAAUGUUUUUUAAAACCAAGUGGGCUACACAGAUGUGGCUGUGGAUUAGACUUGACUCAAGGGUUGCCAGUUUGUGGUCUCUGGAAACAAAAUCUGAGGUUCGGUCUCUUAGAAACAAGAGAAAACCGGCAGUUACGGGGCACGGAUGUAUGUACUUUCUGUCCCGUGAGUUAAUUGCUGAGGAAGUUGUAUUUGUAAAUGAACUCUUCUUGUUUUGCCAUCAAGCUUACAAAAGAAGAUGUGUAUAUUUUCAUCAUUUUUCAAAGCCUCAGUUUAGGGCAGUAACAGUAAGAGCAGCAAAAGGCCCCAGCACUGUUAAUGAAAAGUCUCAGUUAUAUACACAAAUAAAAAUUAAUGUUUAUGCUUACAUUUUUUACCAUUGAGAAAGUAUAUGGUUUACAUAACAAGGUUGUGUGGUUAUUGUGUGUAAAGAGGUUUCAGCUCUAUAUGAAAUGUAACAUCUACAAAGAACCUGGCCCCUGCCAAAUGUGGCAGUGUCUGUGAGCAGAGGGGGAACCCUGAACUCAUUAUUGCAGAGAAAAGUUUGUGAAGGUCAGGCUGGAGUCAGUGAAGGAAUGACUCAUUUGUCUUCGAAAGAGGUCAUAUGGAAGUAAUUUCUACAAGUAUUUGUUGUUGUUAGGUAUGGCCAAGUGACCCAGUAUACAGCAGAACAAAGCACUGUCCAGUCCUUCACCAUUUGCACGGCUGUUGCUAUGUUUGAGCCUAUUGUUGCAGCCCCUGUGUGAAUCCAUUUCGUGGAGGGUCUUCCUCUUUCUCGCUGACCCUCUACUUCACCAAGCAUGAUACCCUUCUCUAGGGUCCGGUCCCUCCUGAUAACACAUCUGUGAUCAUUAAGGUUCUGUGUCAACAUGGCUGGGCCGUGACUUUCAGUGGUUUGGCAGUUAUGAUAUAGUUUGGCAGUCGUAUGAUGAUGUGAUCACUUCUUGGAUAAGAUUUGAUAUAAGGUGAUCACCAUGAGAUCUGCUGUGAGUAGCCAAUCAGUUGAAAGGGAGUUUCCUUGCAGGUAUGGCCUACCUCCAAUAUAGGUGGAUUCACUGGCAAGGCCCAUGGGCUUUUGCUCCCACUGGAUCCUGCAGCUGGCUCCUGCUUAUCUGACCUCCGGUUCUUGGAACUUGAGCUAGCAGGUUACCUGCCAUCUUGCCUGCUGAUCCUGGGUUUGCCAGCCCCUGCAGCUGCGUGAAUCAGGAGAGGCCUCCGGACUGACCCACGGACUUGGGAUAUUCCAUCCUCUAUAACCACGUGAGCCAUUUCCUUGAUGUAUAUCUUUCUCUCUCUAUAUAUAUUUAUAUGCUUUAUUAAUUUUGCUUCUCUACAAAACCCAGCCUAAGACAUUUGGUACUGAGAGUGGUUCGAGAGAAACAGAAUUGUAAAGAUGAGCUUUCUCAACUGGUUUUCAAGUCUGGUUAGUCUUAAAGAUGUCGAUGACUCUUUCUAGUCGUAAACAGGGCACAGCUAAUCCAUUGCAUGAGGUGGCGAUAUGUGAUGGUUAAGAUUGUCAACUUGGCUGGGCCAUGAUCCUCAGUGUUUAUAUGUGAUCACUCUCAUGAUUGAAUCUACUGUGAGUAGCUAAUCAGUUGAAAGGGAGUAUCCUUGGGGAUGUGGCCUGUAUCCGAAUAUAAGUAGACAUUCUGGCUUUUUUGUUCAGUCUGGACCCUGCAGCUGUCUCCUGUUCCUUUGACUUCCAGUUCUUGGGAAUUGAGCUAUCAGCUUAUCUGCUGAUUUUGGGAUUUGUCGAUCUUUACACCCCGUGAGCAAGAAUCUUGCUGUCGGACCUGCUGACCUUGGGUUUGCUAGCUUCUGUGGCUACGUGAAUCAAGAGAAGCCUUUAUCCUGAUCCACGGACUUGGGAUGUUCCAGCCUGUACAAUCGUGUGAGCCAUUUCCUUGAUAUAAAUCUCUCUCUCUCUUUAUUUAUAUGCUUUACUGUUUUUGCUUCUCUAGAGAACUCAGCCUAAGACAUUUGAUACCGAGAGUGGUCCUAGAGAAACAAAAUUGUAAGGAUGAGUUUCCUAAAGUGGUUCUAAAGCCUGGGUAGUCUUAAAGAUGCUGAUGACUCUGCUUCCAGUAAUAAAGAGGGCACUGCUAAUCCUGGCGUGAGGUGGUGAUACAAAUAUGCACAAUAUCGCCACCAGUAGAUGAGGUGUUGGUGAAAGGGGAGGCUCUGGAUGAACACAUUUGUGAUACCUUUCUGCAUUUUUGUCAGGAUGAGAAGUAUAAGGAAGCUGGUUGGUUGGUCCUACAUUGGCUAAACAAACUGGUGAAAGAGAUGCGCUAAGCGCGUCAGAGUCAAAGCUGGAAUGCCACAUAAAUGACCUCAAGGCUUUCACUUUUGCUUUGAGAGAAAGCCUUAUUUUUGGAGUAACAGAGCUGAUAUUGCCAAAAACCAAACCCAGAGUCUUAUUGUAAGAGUGGCUGAAUUACAAUGCCAGCUCAAUUGUCAACCUCAAAAGGUGUGUCUGAAAUUAAGGUAAGGGCAUUGACUGGGAAGAAGUGGGAUCCUGAAACUUGGGAUGGGGACAUAUGGGCAGAUAAUCAGGAAACAGGGGGCGCUGAGGCCCUAAAUUCCAUUGAAUCACUCCUGCCGGCAGAACCACACCCAUCUGAAGAGAUUACUUCAUGUUUGUCUGCUAAACCACCCUGUCCAGAAAAACCAUUAGUCCCUUCACUCCCAUCUAAUGAGGUUAGCUCUAGCCCAGCUGCCUCUAAAGAGCCCUUGCCUGAGUCAUUGUCCGGGGCAUUGCCUGAGGCAGAUGCUUUACAAGACAGUGCUGAACGUUCUCAAAACAAUUCCACCCUACUGAUUCUGGCUUCUAGACCUAUAACUAGACUCAAGUUCAAGCGAGCCCCAAAAGGUGAAGUACAAAGUGUGACCCUUGAGGAGGUACAUUACACUCCAGAAGAACUGCUUGACUUUUCUGUAGGUACAAACAGAAACCUGGGGAAUAUGUGUGGGAAUGGCUAUUCAGGGUGUAGGAUAAUGGUGCAAGGAGCAUAAAGAUGGAUCAGCCUGAGUUUAUUGAAACGGGCCCACCAAGCACAGAUUCUUUAUUCAAUGUUCCAGAUCAAGAAGUUAAGAAAGGAUCUAAUAGUUUAUUUGGUUGGGUUGCUGAAGCAUGGAUUAUGCAGUGGCCUACGCUAAAUCAAGUUGAAGUACCAGACCUGCCUCGGUAUACUGUAGAAGGUAUCCAAAAGCUUAGGGAAACUGGCAUGCUAGAGUCAAUUUGUCAGGUUAGACCCACAACCCACACAUGGAGUGCCCAGAGGACAUACCUUUUACCAUAGCUGUGAGAAACAAAUUUGUGAAGGGAACUCCAGGAUCCUUGGAAGACUGCUAUGAUUGCUAUUUGAUGUAAAUCAGAUUUGACAGUGGGAAUUCAGUCUUAACUGAAUUAAGACACCUAACUACAGUGAGGCUGAUUGGACCCUGUGGUAGUAAGGCCAAGUGGCUGCACUCAAUUGAAAGAGACAAGGUGGGCAUGGUUAUAGUAAUGGACAGUGGAGUCAAAGCAGUAAUCAGAAUAGUCUGAUUUGUCUGUACUUAUGGCGUCGGCUAGUUAGGAUGUCCCUAGGAGUGAAAUAGAUAGGAAAUCUACUAAAUAUUUACUUGAUCUUUAUAAAUGGAUGAAUUCUAGGUCAGGUGAACAGGAGCCUAACUUGAGUCACCAGAACAGAGUGUCACAGUCCCUCAGUCAAUUCCCAGAUUUGAGCAAGUUUAAAGAAACCCUGGUGGCGUAGUGGGUAAGUGCUACAGCUGCUAACCAAGAGGUCGGCAUUUCAGAUCUGCCAGGCGCUCCUUGGAAACUCUAUGGGGCAGUUCUGCUCUGUCCUGUAGGGUUGCUAUGAGUUGGAAUCGGCUCAGCGGCAGUGGGUUUUGGUUUGGGUGGGAGCAAGUUUAAAGACCCACAAGCCCUUGAAUGAAUGGGAGGUCAGGUACCCCUGAGGAAAGACUCCAAUAUACUGCCAAAAUUUUUUACUGUUUAUCUUUCUCCCAGCCUUCCCCAAAGGAAUCUAUGGCCUUCUACUAGGGUAGCUGUUGAUAGGGGAAAAGGAAAUAAUCAGACUUUUGCGGGAUUACAGGAUACUGGCUUUGAACUGUCAGUAAUUGCAGGAGACACAAAACAUCACUGAGGCUGACCAGUCAGAGUAGGGGCAUAUGGAGAUCAGGCUAGUAAUGGAGUCUUGGCUCAUGCCUGUCUCACAGUGGGUCCCCAAACCCAUCCUGUAGUGAUUUCCCCAGUUCCAGGCUGCGUACUUGGAAUAGAUAUACUCAGCAACUGGCAGAACCCCGACAUUGGAUCCCUGACAAAUAAGAGUAAGGGCUAUUCUGGUAGGAAAGGCCAAGUUGAAGUCAUUAGAACUGCCCCUACCUAGGAAAAUAGUAAACCAAAAGCAAUACCGCCUCCCUGGAGGGAUUGCAGAGAUUACUGCCACCAUCAAGGACUUGAAGGAUGCAGGGGUGGUGAUUCCCACCACAUCCCCCAUUCAGCUCGCCUAUUUGGCCUGUGCAAAAAACAGAUGGAUCUUGGAGGAUGACAGUAGAUUAUUGAAAAAUUAACCAAGUGGUAACUCCAGUUGCAUCUGGUGUUCCAGAUGUAGUUUCGUUGCUUAAGCAAAUUAAUACAUGUCCUGGUAGCUGCUAUGCAGCUAUUGAUCUGGCUAAUGCCUUUUUCUCCAUACCUGUUUCAAAGCACCAUCAGGAGCAGUUUGCCUUCAGCUGGGAAGGCCAGCAAUACACCUGCAGUUGCCUACCUCAGUGCUAUAUCAACUCUCCAGCCCUAUGUCAUAACUUAGUCUGCAGGGACCUUUGUUGACUCUCCCUUCCACAAGAUGUCACACUGGUCCAUUACAUGAAUGACAUUAUCCUGAUUGGACCUGGUAAGGAAGAAGUGUCAAUGACUCUGGACUUACUGGUAAAACAUUUGUGUGCCAGAGGGUGGGAAAUUAAUCCCACAAAAAUUCAGGCACCUUCUACCUCAGUGAAAUUUCUAGGGGUCCAGUGGUGUGGGGCAUGUCAAGAUAGUCCUUCUAAAGUGAAGGAUAAGUUUUUGCGUCUGGCUUCUCCCACAAUUAAAAAGGGGGCACAAUGCCUAGUGGGCCUCUUUGGGUUUUGGAGGCAACAUAGUCCUCAUUUGGGUGUGCUACUCUGGCCUCUUUAUCAAGUGACUCAAAAAGCUGCUAGUUUUCAGUGGGGCCCAGAACAAGAGAAGGCUCUGCAACAGGUUCAGGCUGCUGUGCAAGCUGCUCUGCCACUUGGACCGUAUGAUCCAGCUGAUUCAAUGGUGCUUGACGUGUCAGUGGCAGAGAGAGAUUCUGUAUGGAGUCUCUGGCAGGCCCCUACUGGUGAACCACUGCACAGACCCUUAGGAUUUUGGAGCAAAGCCCUGGCAUCCUCUGAAGAUAACUACUCUCCUUUUGAGAAACAGCUUUUGGCCUGUUACUGGGCCUUAGUAAAGACUGCAUGCUGAACCAUGGGACACCAAGUCACCAUGUGGGCUGAGCUGCCCAUCAUGAACUGGGUAUUGUCAGACCCAAAGAGACAUAAAGUUGGAGGUGCAGAGCAGCACUUUAUCAUUAAAUGGAAGUGGUAUAUACAAGAUCGGGCCUCAGCAGGAACUGAAGGCACAAGUAAGUUCCAUGAGGAAAUGCCCCAAUGCCCAUGGUCUCCAUUCUUGUCACAUACCUUUCAUCUCCCGGUCUGCACCUAUGGCCUCAUGGGGAGCUCCUUAUGGUCAGGUGACUGAAGAUGUGAAAACUCGUGCCUUGUUUACAGAUGGUUCUGUGCAAUAUGCAGGCACCACUUGAAAAUGGAGAGCGACAGCACUAGAGUCUCUUGCUGGAACCUCUCUGAAGGACGGUGGUGAAGGGAAAUCCUCUCAAUGGGCAGAACUUUGAGCAGUGCACUUGGUUGUUCACUUUGCUUGGAGGGAGAAAUGGCCAGAUGGGCAACUAUAUACUGAUUCAUGGGCUGUGGCCAGUGCUUUGGCUGGAUGGUGUUAGAAUGAUGCAUUCUGUGGAAACAAGUCAUCCUCUUUCCCCAGCUACUGUCAUCAUUGCUCAAUGGGCUCAUGAACAAAGUUGCCACAGUGGCAGGGAUGGAGGUUAUAUAUGGGUCCAGCAACAUGGACUGCUCACCAAAGCUGGCUUGACUACAGACACUGCUGAGUGCCCAAUCUGCCAGCAGCAGAGUCUAACACUGAGUCCCCGAUAUGGCACUUUCCCUUGAGGUAAUCAGCCAGCAACCUGGUGGCAAGUUGAUUACAUUGGGCCACUUCCAUCAUGGAAAGGGCAGUGUUUUGUCCUUACUGGAAUGGACACUUCACUCUGGAUAUGGAUUUCCCUUCCCUGCACUCAAUGCUUCUGUCAAAACUACUAUUCGUGGACUUACAGAAAGCCUAAUCUACUGUCAUGGUAUCCCACACAGCAUUGCCUUGGAUCAAGGGAUGCAUUUCACAGCAAAUGAAGUGCAGCAGUGGGCCCAUGCUCAUGGAAUUUACUGGCCUUACCACGUUCCCCAUCAUCCUGAAGCAGCUGGCUUGAUAGAACAUGGAAUGGCCUUCUAAAGACACAAUUACUGCACCAGCUAGGUGGCAGUACCUUGCACGGUUGGGGUGGUGGUCUUCAGGAGGCUGUAUUUGCUCUAAAUCAGCGUCCAGUAUGUGGUGCUGUUUCUCCCAUAGCCAGGACUCAUGGGUCCAGGAAUCAAGGGUGGAAAUAGGAGUGAUAACCAAUCAUUAUUACCCCUAGUGACCUGCUAUUAAGAUUUUUGGUUCCUCUUCCUACGACCCUAUGCUCUGCAGGUCUAGAGGUCUUAGUUCCAAAGGGAGGAAUGCUCCCACCUGGAAAGACAUUACUGGUUCCAUUGAACCUGGCCUCUUUGGGCUCCUUAUGCCUCUGAAUCAACAGGCAAAGAAAGGAGUUACCAUAUUGACUGGUGUAAUUGAUCCUGAUUCCAAGAAGAAGUCGGAUUGAUGUUACAUAAUGGAGGUAAAGAAGAGUAUGUUUGGAAUGCAGGUGAUCUUUUAGGGUGUCUCUUAGUACUACCAUGCCUUGUGAUUAAAAUCAGUGGAAAACUACAGCAACCCAAUUCCAACAUGACUACUCAUGGCCCAGACCCUUCGUGAAUGAAGGUUUGAGUCACCCCACCAGGCAAAGAACCACAACCAGCUACGGUGCUUGCUGAGGGCAAAGUGAAUACGGAAUGGGUGGUGGAUGAAGGUAGUUUUAAAUACCAGUUAUAUCUAGGUGACCAGUUGCAGAAACGAGGACCGUCGUUAUUUCUGCCUUGUAUGUAUGUUUGUUAUAUCAUGUUAGGUGCAAGUAUGACUUUGUCUUUAUUCAGAGAUUAUGGUUUAAGAAGAUGUGUACAGGUGCCAAGAUGACAAGGGAUGGACUGUGGUGGUUAAGGUUGUGUGUUAACUUGGCUGGGCCAUGAUUCUCAGUGGUCUAGCAGUUAUGCUGUAGUUUGGCAAUCAUAUGGUGAUGUGAUCACUUCCCGGAUGAGAUUUGAUAUAAUGUGAUCACCUCCAUGAUGGAACCUGCUGUGAAUAGCCAAUCAGUUGAAAGGGAGUUUCCUUGGGGGUUUGGCCUGCAUCCAGCAUAUGCGGACUCUCUGGCAAGGCUCACAGGCUUUUGCUCGCUCUGGAUCCUGCAGCUGGCUUCUGUUCAUCUGACCUUCUCUGGUUCUUGGGACUUGAGCUAGAAGCUUACCUGCCAUCUUGCCUGCCUGUCUUGGGAUUCAUCAGUCUUCGCAACCUGUGAGCCAGAGCCCUGCUGUUUGACUUGCCGAUCCUGGGUUUGGCAGCCUCUGCAGCUAUGUGAAUCAGGAGUGGGGGCCUCCAUACUGACCUACCACCUUGGGACAUUGCAGCCUCUACAACUGUGUGAGCCCUUUCCUUGAUAUAAAUUUCUAUGUAUUUAUAUUUAUACACUUUUACUGGUUUUGCUUCUCUAGAGAACCCAGCCUAAGACAACGUUCAAAGUACAUGAGACAAAGUUUCGCCAUCCUCGCUUCUAAGGAGCAUUUUGGCUGUACUUCUUCCAAGACAGAUGUGUUCAUUCUUUUGGCAGUCCAUAUUAUAUUCACUAUUCUUUGCCAACACCAUAAUUCAGAGGCAUCAAUUCUUCUUUGGUCUUCCUUAUUCAUUGCCCAGCCUUCACAUGCAUAUGAGGCAACUGAAAAUACCAUGGCUUGGGUCAGGUGCACCUUAGUCCUCAAAGUGACAUCGUUUGAUUUCUUGACUGCUGUUUCCAUGGGCAUUGAUUGUGGAUCCAAGUAAAAAGAAGUCCUUGACAACUCAGUCUUUUUUCGGUUUAUCGUGAUGUUGCUUAUUGAUUCAGUUGUGAGGGUUUUUGUUUUCUGUAUGUUGAGGUGUAAUCCAUACUGAAGGCUGUAGUUUUUGAUCUUCAUCAGUAAGUGCUUCAAAUCCUCGUUGUGUCAUCUGCAUAUUGCAGGUUGUUAAUGAGUCUUCCUCUAAUUCAGCAAUCUAUUAACAAAUACAAAUUCAGGAAAGUUGCUUCAGUUAGAACUUAAACUGAAACCAAUUCACGCCUCUUUAUCCACCUACCAGGUUUCCCAGCAUCCAGGGUAAGAAACAGAACACAUUUCCUGGCUUUUAAGUGUAGAGUUGUCCAGAGAUGAUCUUUUCGGCCCUAAGAUGAUCAAGAUGAGUUCAGAGUACCUGAGCAGCUCUUCAGUUUGAAGCAGAAGACCUCAUCCGCUGAUACAGAGCUGGAGGAUACCACGCCCUUCAUGUAACAGGGACUUUUCCUAAAGCAGCUUAGCAUGAUGGAAAGCUUGGAAAUCAGACCUUGGCUUGAUUGCUGACAAGUAUUAUAUACCCCUAGGAAGGAGAUUAGAAGCAUGGAAGAGACAUAAACAGGAAGAGCAAAGGCAAUUUGAAAACACAAUGAGGAAGAAAAUAUUGAUAAAGAAGUUCUCACUUAUACCCUCAGGAAUAAAACAUAUUCACCAAACAACAGGAGGGAGGCCCCUUUGAAAAAGACUGUGCUAAUUUUUCAGGGUUCGUGUCUGUCUUGUUCAUCCUCACAUCCCUUAUACCUAGCGUGUUGUAUGCGCUCAGUAAAUACUUGGUGAAUGACUCAAACGGUGCUCAUAUAAAUCAGUCUUCAUGAUUGAAAAAUAGUGCAGGUCCACAUGGUACAAGCUUGACUAUAUUAGCAAACAGCAACCUUUACAAAUCGACGGAAACAAAACCAUGGGCUGUGUCUGAGUCAGUGCUGUGUGUGAUAAUAGUUUCCAAAAUUACAAAUCCCUUCUCUGGGCCAAUCUUCUCUGAUUUUGAGAUAUUUUAAACAAUGCUAGCUUCUCAGAGUCCAGCCUACCGCAGUUUGGGGCUAGACUGGUGUUCCCAAUUAAGGAGUCCCCCCACCUAUUAUCUUGAUUCCUGCUUUUAGGUUCUUCAGCUGAAGUUGUCUCAGACUUGGCUACUUGUCCUCAAGUUUCUGCAGCGGAAAGGUGAUCUUAAAAGAGAAAUUUCGAAAACGUCUUUCCUUUGUUUUCUGUGUAAGAACCAGUGUAUUUUCUUGAGGCUGUAUGGGUAAUGGAAACCUGCCCUUAUCUAGUACAAACGGUUGGUGGUUAUUCCACUGAAAAACCCACUGCCGUCGAGUCGAUUCCUAUUAGGUUAAGUGAAUUGUCAAGUGGAUGACAUACCUCGUGAGGGCAAGGGCACCACUUCGUGCUCACAUGUGCAUCCCCCUUGGGGGUUCAGUGAGGACUUGGUGAAUUGCUGGGAUUGCAGAUGGUUGUCAGUCUCAGCUCGAAAAUGAAACCGGUCUUCUUUCAAUUCCAGUUGGUGUACUGUUGUUUCAAACAGAUGUAAAGAAAAAACCCUUUUCAUUUAAUACACUUUAAAGAAUUGUGAGUCAGCAAAGACAUUACUGAACAGGAAGGAAACAUUUUGAGUCCCUCAGCAUUCCCGCUUCAUUUCUGGCAAAAUGUUGAAGCUUCUGUGAGUGGCUGUUUUUAAUUCCGGAUGGUUUUUGUCUCUAGCUUGGCCAGCAAAAGAAAGGUUUAAAAUAGAAAAAGAAAAUAGCCUGUGAAGAUACAAUAUGUAAGGAUUUGAUUGUCAAAUUAUUUAUUCCUUUGGGAUUAAAUUAGUCUAGCUAUCUAGGAGAGCAGGAGGGAGGAAGACCUCUUGCAGGAAAGGUUUCAACUGGACUUGGAAUUUAGGAUCUAACCUCAUCCGGUGGAGGAGGGUAGACUACCAAGGCCAACAGAUCUGUCUGAAGUCCUCAACCAAGUGUAGGUCUUUCUGGCUUCUGCCUAAGGAUCAGUCUAGGCAAGGAGGGUCAAUACCACCAAUGACAGGCAUCCCUAAUGGAUCAUUGUAUUCCUUUCUGCCCCCAUACUGAGAACCAGCAACCGUGAGUGCACAUGAGAGCAGACUGAAAGGAAGCUCAUUCGCUCCUCGAGGUUCCUAUGAAGAACUUGCUCCUUUCAGCACUGACGCCUACAUCUGACAAGAGGGCCAUCCUUCCAAUAUUAUUUAGUGGCUUAGUUCUUUAAUAGUAGAAAGUUCAUUUGGACUCUUGGAGACAGACAUGGGAGUUAUGAUGGUCUAAGCUGAAUGAAAUGCAGCAGGUAAACCAUUUGGGGACCAUUUCCUCUGAACUCCCCCAAAAAAAACCUUAUCAUAAUUUUCUAAGGGAUGGUUUAGGAGGAAAUAAUUAUCACAGUUUUCAAUUUAAUAAAAAUAUUGUCUCCAUUUCCCACGACAAUAUCAUUUAUUAAUUCCACUAAGCCAGGAGAACUCUAGCUUAUAAGUCAACUCUACGAACCUAAGAGAAUGAGUCUACACUCUUCAAUUCCGAUGUAUCAGAUUUUUCGUUGUUGUUGUUAGGUGCUGUAGAGACCGACUCAUAGUAACCCUGUGUACAACAGAACCAAACACUGCUCGUCCCGCACCAUCCUCAAAGUCGUUGCUAUGUUUGAGCCGAUUGUCGCAGCUACCGUGUGAGUCCAUCUUUCUGAGAAGUCGUCCUCUUUUUUGCUGGCCAUCUACUUUACCGAGCAUCAUGUCCUCCUUCAGGGACCAGUCCCUCUUGGUAACAUGUCCAAAGACGUGAGAGGAAGUCUCACCAUUCUUGCUUCUAAGGAGUGUUCUGGCUCUACUUCUUCCAGGACAGAUUUGUUCAUUCUUCUGGCAGUCCAUAUUCAAUGUUAUUCGCCAACACCAUAAUUCACAAUUCUCUGGUUUUCCUUAUUCCUUGUCCAACUUUCACAUGGAUAUGAGGUGAUUGAAAAUACCGUGGCUUGGGUCAGAUCUUUGCUUUUUAACACUUUAAAGGGGUUUUUCGCAGCAGAUUUGCCCAAUGCAAUGCAUCUUUUGAUUUCUUGAUAGGGUGAAGAUAUAGCAGCGAAAAGCCUUUGUUUCACAGACCUUACCACAACCACACUGUCACACUAGAACGUGCAUGAAUUUUCUUGAUGAUAAACACGUAAGUGCCACAAUGUAAAAGAGGCGCUGAAAAAGAGAAAAAUAUUAUGGCAGAAUUGUAAGUGCUCUUUGCCCUGAAUUAAGUGGGGACACUUCCCAAAAUCCAGCUUAUUUGGAAGAUUCUAACCAUCACCAGAAGGGAUUUACUUCUCUUAGUAUCCUGACUUCCCUCUGUACCUGGAGCUGCUCACAGCUCUCUGGCCAUUUAGACUUGAAAUAGACCUUGGAGGGGUGGAAAGUAAAUGUGUACCCCCUGAAUUGUUAAAUACUCAUUCAACACGUAUUUGAUCAAUUUGCUUAAACCACUGUGUGCCCCGCACAUCUGUGGCACCAGUGUCCUUUCUCAGCCACAGUUUUUCUCUGGCUCCCCCAGUCCACUCCAGGCCACUGUCCAGCUUGUGUGCACAGGCAGGGGCUUAGGCUCCACUCCGUUCCGUUUGCAGGUCUGUAAGUGAAUGCUUCGCCCUCUCACCAGUUACUGGGCUGCAAGUGAGAGAUGAGGAGAGCAUCUGUGCACUCUUAUUUACUCCCUGGAUGCCAGGCAUGGUUCUGGGGACACACAAAAGGGCAAUAAGUGAGUACAGCAGGGACCAGGUGGGCUGACAUUCUAGUGCACAGCCGGACCGUAGAUAAACAGAUACAAAACAUGUCAACUGGGUGCUAUGGAAAAAAGAAAGGCAGAUUAGGAGGUGAAGGGUGACAAAGUAUAAUGGUGCUGGUUUAGAGCAAGUGGUCAGGACGGGACCCUCUGAAAAGGUGACUUUGGAGCAAACAUCUGGAAAUUUCAGGGUCGCUCCUCUCAGGCGGAGAAACAGUAACAAGAACCGAGGCUCAGAGACCUGACUGUCUUCUAUGUUGGAGCAGCAGCCAGGAGGCCGGUGAGAUAGUGAGGCAGGGGGAUGGAAUCAGAGGGGUGUCAGGGACAAGCUCAUAUGGGCCCCUGUCAGCCAACGUAAGGAUUUUGAAUUUUAAUCUAAGAGAGAUGGAAACCACUGCAAUUUUUUGAGAGGGGCAUCUCAAUUAAUCAAACUUUCUGUCACAUUUUAAUCAAAGUUAAAAAUCUCAACUACCAAAGAGAUCCGUACCUGGUUACUCCCCUGGAUAAGCACCGCUACCCUUUUUGGGAUCCUAAAUGUUUGGCUGGAAAUAUAGUAGGGCCUUUUUUUCUUCCAUGUGGCGCCUCAUGGUAUCUUCCAAGUCUGGAGUCAUGAGGCCCCUGCUCCCCUGUUGCUGACCACGGGCGAAUCUUGGAGGUCUUGGGUCUCGGUGGGUAAAGCACCUGGGUGUGAAGGAGCCCGCCCUGCAUGGUGAGCUCUUUCCUCCUUCCUGCAAUGAGGUUAUUAUAAAGUGUGGUUUCAAACACAUGGGGACCUGGGUGACUGUGCCAGGUGGUUGGCUGCAAACUGACUCUGGUGACAGCUGAGGAGACAGCCCUAGACCUGGCCUAAUGCUCACAGACUUAGAGUCAGCCCAUUCACUCACCAUUGCUGAGGCGAAGGUCCCUGGGUCUUCCUAUUUUAUCCUCUGGAGACUUUUUUCUCUUUUAAAACAAUCCUUAGUAUUCUCUUAACCAUGUUUUUAUUUGAGUAAAGCAAAGGUAGGGGAGAGAGGAGAGAGUAUGGGUCACAUGGAAAGACAGCUUAGGGUUGGCUUUGUACAAGGCAGACACAGAUAAAAAUAAACUGAAAAAAAAAAAAAAA